AUGCAUUAUCCGUAUUUAGCAGCCGUGAUCUAUGAUGACAAUCUCACCUUAAAAGAUGUUCAUCCAUCUCUUACUGAUGAUGAUUCAUGUGUCCAAAACAUGCAUCAUAAACCUUUCCAGGUAAAUCAUGAUAGAUCACAUCAACCAUCGAUCAUAAACCCUGAUCUUCAUCACAAGAAUCUAUCAUCAAAUAUGUCAAACACUACUUCAGAUCAUGUUCCAAACCUAAACAUCUCUCCUCAUCACUUUAAUCUACAACCUAACGCAUACAAUAUAUCCUCAAAAGACAUCUUUAAGGGAAUCACUCUCUCUCCAUGCACUGGAGCUUUUGAGGCAUAUCUUCGUGGCGUAUCUAAUGACCAAGAUCUCUUCAAUAUGACAUAUAGUACCUCGCAAGCUGUGGAACCCAAAGAUGUACCCAACAUUUCACAUGUCCCACACAACAAUACUAUGUGGGAAAAUAAUCAAAAUCAAGGGUUCAUCUUUGGGACCGAUUCUAUCUUCAGUCAAGCUGUGGCUGAAUCUAAUCUAUAUGAUGUGCCUAAGCCAAUGGACAUAUUGCGCGCAAACGAACCUGCCAUCAUGAAUCGACGUCAAAACAAUGAAGAAGUGAUCAAAAUCGAUCAUAUCAAGAAGAACAAGAGAUUGCAGACAGGGAGAGGAUGUAAACCGACGAGAAAAUCUAGUAUAAUUAAAGGCCAAUGGACUUCCGAUGAAGAUAGGUUGCUGGUACAAUUAGUUGGACUUUAUGGAACUAAAAGGUGGUCUCAGAUCGCUAAGAUGCUUCACGGGCGUGUUGGAAAACAAUGCAGAGAAAGGUGGCAUAACCAUCUUCGUCCUGAUAUCAAGAAAGAUGGUUGGAGUGAAGCAGAAGAUAUGAUACUAAUUGAAGCUCACAAAGAGAUUGGGAACAAAUGGGCUGAAAUUGCUCGAAAACUCCCUGGACGCACUGAAAAUACAAUCAAGAACCACUGGAACGCGACUAAGCGCAAACAAUACUCGAGGAGGACUAAGGGAAGAGAUGAAGUUUCCCUUGCACAAGGAAGCAACACUCUUCAAAACUAUAUUAAAACUCUUACCUACAACCAUGAUACUAUCAUGACUGCAACCUCUAACUCAAACACAAACGUUGAUCGAAGAAACAUGGGAUGUAAAGGUAAAAAUAUAAUUGUUGAUGCUUCAGACGACAACAAGCAGAACAAUGAGAGUGAAUGUAAGUACAUCGUUAAUGGUUUGAUGAAGUUGGAUUUAGAGAAGUCUGCAACUUGUGCGUCAGGGUCGUCAACAUCUACUUCAGGUUUUACAUCUGGGUCCAUAAGUGGUGUAACCAUGGAUGUUGAAGAACCAAUGACAGAUAGUUGGAUGGUGAUGCAUGGAUGCGAUGAAGUUAUGAAGAACGAGAUUGCUUUGCUGGAUAUGAUUGCUCGUGGACGUCUUUAG